AUGAAGUUCCUCUACACCACCAGCAUUAUCACCGCCAUCCUAGCCGCUGUAGUCCCCGCUCUUCCCGUCGCCGACGCCGAAGUCAACUCUGCUGCCACUCUCCAGAAACGAGACAGUGCUUCCUUCUCCGUAUACACCGACUCCUCAUGCUCCGGAGGAUCCGUCGGAUUCACCACGGGAUCCGCUACACAGAAAGGCAAUUUUGGCGCUACGCAACGUAGUAUCCGCGUCACGAGUUUGACGCCGGGAUACCAUGUUACGUUUUAUUCUGGGUUGAAACAAGGCGGGGAUAAGUCGCAGUAUGGAAGUGCGACUGUGGGUCAAUGUUUUUCGAACGUGGCAUUUUUGAGCUGGGCAUAUUAUGCUGGAGCUUAG